UACAUACACAUCCAUUGCCCACUAGGAAGCUCAUGAUCGAUUUCAGAGCCUUUGUCUAACAAUCCAAAUUCAAUCAUUGGCAAGUUGGUAAUUAGGCUUUUGAACCAGAGAUGGGAUUCUUUGUCUCAGCUCUCUUCUCUCUUGUCAUCUUUUCAUAUGCAGCUGCAUUUGAUCCCUUGGAUCCAAAUGGAAACAUAACAAUAAAAUGGGAUAUCAUGUCUUGGACACCAGAUGGCUAUGUGGCAGUUGUGACUCUGAACAACUUUCAAAUGUAUCGGCACAUCAUGAGCCCGGGGUGGACUUUAGGAUGGACAUGGGCUAGAAGAGAAGUGAUAUGGUCUGCAGUGGGUGCUCAAGCCACGGAGCAAGGUGACUGCUCUAGGUUCAAAGGGAACAUACCUCAUUGCUGCAAGAGAAACCCCACAUUUGUGGACUUGCUUCCUGGUGUUCCUUACAACCAGCAAUUCACAAAUUGUUGCAAAGGUGGAGUGAUAGGUGCAUGGGGCCAAGACCCCUCAGCUGCUGUCUCCGCCUUCCAGCUCAGUGUUGGAUCAGCUGGUACUUCAAACAGGACAGUGAGGCUUCCCAGGAACUUCACUUUGCUAGGCCCAGGACCAGGAUACACCUGUGGCAGGGCAAGAGUUGUGCCUCCCACAAUUUUCUUGACACCUGAUCGACGCCGAAAGACUCAGGCUUUGAUGACCUGGAAUGUGACCUGUUCUUACUCACAAAUUCUGGCCAGAAAAUACCCAAGCUGUUGUGUAUCUCUCUCAUCUUUCUACAAUGACACGGUUAUUCCUUGUCCACCUUGUACUUGUGGUUGCCAAACCAAGGACAAUUGUGUCAAAAGUGACUCCAAAAUUCUGAGCAUGGUGGGAGUUAACACUCCGAAGAAAGACAAUAAGCCGCUGCUGCAGUGCACAAGGCACAUGUGCCCGGUUAGAGUGCACUGGCAUGUGCAGCGUAACUAUAAGGAUUAUUGGCGUGUGAAGGUUUCGAUCACAAACUUCAACUAUCGGAUGAACUACACGCUUUGGACUCUGGUUGUUCAGCAUCCUAAUCUCAACAAUGUCACACAAGUGUUCAGCUUUGAUUACAAGCCUCUUGUUCCUUACGAGUCUAUAAAUGACACUGGUAUGUUCUAUGGCUUGAAAUUCUUCAACGACCAAUUAAUGGAAGCCGGGCCAUUUGGGAAUGUUCAGUCGGAGAUGCUGCUUCGAAAGGACAAGAACACAUUCACUUUGAAGGAAGGGUGGGCAUUUCCUCGCAAAGUCUACUUCAAUGGUGAUGAGUGCCAGUUGCCUCCUCCUGAUGCCUACCCCUUUCUGCCCAACUCUGCCUAUCAAAAUCUACUUUCCUUCUCAACAUUCAUUUCAUCAUUCAUUUUCUUCUUGAUAGCCAUUUGGUGAUUUGGCUGCAUAGAUUUAGGAAUUGUGGCCAUAUGGCUAAUAAGUUUUUUGAAGCAAAGGUGUAAAGGAUAUUUUACUCAUAGAAAUGAAGCAUAGGCACUAAAAUUCCAAGGGCUCUUUCUUUGACGAACUAAACUUGACUUACUCAUAUGUAUCUUGUGAAUAGAGUGAGUCUGGCAUUUGAGUUUCUAUGUUCUAUCAUCAUCAGGAAUAUAGUAUCAUGUAAGUAGAUCUUUGUUUUUUUGAGAGAUGUAAGUAGAUCUAUUAAAUUCUGCUUUGUGCUGCAAUUUGAAUUUAAAUUAAUGCUGGUGAUAUUUUUGUACA